UGUUCUUGUUCCUGUAUAGAGAUCUCUCUAUAAUCUGUUGUAUCCUUUCAGCACAGAAAACACCUGCUGGCUGCUUCCACACGGUCCCAGCAACUUUCACUUCCAAAAAAUAACUGUAACCGUAACAGCGGUUUCUUUUGUCCCUUUAACUCUUCUUCUUCAUCAUUACGCUACUCGCAAAAUCCCUCUUACCUUAAUUAAAUCUAAAUAAAAAAUUCAAAAUCCCACAAAAAAAUAAACAAUAAAUAAAUUUUUAGAAAAAGAAUCAACAAUAUGUUUCAGCGAAGAAAACCUAGUACAGGUAACUUGCCUGUUUCAACCUCGGUUCCAGAAUUAGAAACCCCAAUGCCUUCAUCAUCUUCUUCCGCUUCCAAACCGACGUCGUUUUGCGACUCACUCACCUUCAAGUCCUUACUCUUCUCUUUCUCUCUCCUUCUCAACCUUUACUUGAUCUUCCUCCUCUGCUCCCAAAGAGUCCCACCAACAAUCUCCACGCGCUCCUCAACUGUCGUGCCCACCACGCGCCGCCAUAUCCUCUUCGCGAUCGCCUCCUCCUCCGUUUCCUGGCCCCGCCGCCAUCCCUACCUCCGCCUCUGGUACUCUCCAAACACCACGCGAUCACUCGCGUUCCUCGAUUCGCCGCCAGCUUCGGAUUCCUCCUCGUCCUCUUCUUCGUUGCCGUCGGUGGUGAUCAACGGCGAUACCUCACGGUUCCCGUACACGUUCCGGGGAGGGCUCCGGUCGGCGAUCCGGGUGGCGCGUGUGGUGAAAGAGGCAGUGGAGAGGGGGGAGAAGGAGGUGCGGUGGUUCGUGUUCGGCGACGACGACACAGUGUUCUUAGUGGAGAAUGUAGUGAGUGUAUUGUCGAAGUACGAUCAUGAUCGGUGGUACUAUGUUGGGAGCAAUUCGGAGAGCUAUGAGCAGAAUGAGAAGUACUCGUUUGAGAUGGCGUUCGGUGGUGGCGGUUUCGCUGUGAGCCACGCGCUUGGUAGGGUUUUGGCUAGGGUUUUGGAUUCUUGCUUGAAGAGGUAUGGCCACUUGUAUGGAAGUGAUGCUAGGAUCUAUUCUUGUGUUGCUGAGCUUGGUAUUGGAUUAACACAUGAACCUGGCUUUCAUCAGUUAGAUAUGCGGGGUGAUUUGUUUGGGAUUCUAGCUGCACAUCCAUUAUCUCCAUUGCUGUCCCUUCAUCACUUGGAGGCAGUGGAACCUCUCUUUCCCAACAUGAACAGAACACAAGCCCUUGAACAUCUUAUGGCAGCUGCAGCCGUAGACCCUGCAAGGAUUUUGCAGCAAACUGUGUGCUAUGAUCGUUCAAAUUCUUUAACUUUCUCGGUUUCAUGGGGUUUUGCCAUCCAAGUUUUUGAAGGAAAUGAAUUUCUCCCCGAUCUUCUUCAAGUGCAGAGGACUUUUGUGCCGUGGAAGAGGGGUAGCAAAGUUGUUGGUAAAUUUAUGUUCAACACGAGAGACUACCCUAGAGAUCCUUGUCAAAGACCUUUUCUCUUUUUCAUGAAAAGUGUUGAAUACGAUAAAAGUGGCAUUUGGAGUAACUACACCAGGCAUGCUGUUGGGAAAUGCUUUGAAGAAACAAAUUUGGUAAAGCAGCUGAAGAAGAUUAUAGUUUUCUCGAGGAAGCUAGUGCUUAAUGUUGAAGAGUUGAAAGCCCCUCGUCGGCAAUGCUGUGAUGUUUUGCCGUCUUCCAAUGAAACAACAAUUAUCCAUCUUAGACAUUGUGGAACUGAUGAAUUGAUCUCCAUGUACCAAUAGCAUUUCUUUUCAGUUGUCAUCUCUCUCAAAAGCUUGAAUUUCUUAAUGAGCAUGGAUGUUUGGAGGACAGUUCCCCGAGGUGGGUGCGUCUUCUCUUAGGUGGACCAUGAAACUUAGUUUUGAUGUUAUAGUUUCAAAAUCCAAUGUGAGAGAAAGGAUCCAUGACCUCCUUCUACAAGAAAAACGUGUGCUAGUAGAUUCAUAAAGGAUCUCUUGGUGUAUGGUGCGCAACCCCUCACAACUUUGCCUCAACUUCAUGGAUCUGUAAAAGUGUGCGGAGACCACAUUAAAUUAAUGGUGAUAGAUUAGGUAUACAAAACUAAAACACCUAUUUUUUGGUGUACAAAUAUCAUUUUCCUUGUUUUAUUUGCUGCGUAGUUUUGCCAUCUAAGUUUCCAUGCAGCUGUACAUAUUUUGGUUUCUGUUUUUCUAGUGUAGUUAAAUCACAUGGAUGCUGCUCCAUGUAUUGGAGUGAGGAAACUUCUCAGCCUUGUCACUUCUACACACCCAUUUUUUAUCAGUUGUUGACACUUCUAGUCCAGUAUUGGAUCAAUAUAUUGUGCGGACCGUGAAAGGUAAAAAGGAACAAAAGGAGUACUUUAGAAUGUGAUCCUAAUAAGGGAUGUGUCCCUGAAUACAGAAAUAUGCAGAAAUUAUGAUAAUAAGUGAUUUGUUAAUGUUACAUACA